GCAGUGCUGCCAAUUCUUUUUGUGGGAAGAAUCUGCUCCUAGUGCCUGUCUCUAUGUUGCACACAAAAGAAAAAGCAACCAUUCCCAUGCUUUCUGCAAGCUUCUUACAGGGAGCUCUGCAUGUUCCACAGAGCAGCUGCAAAACCGUAUUGGUGCAGACUUACAGCUUUGUCUUUACGGGGCUUGAAACUAAGAAUAUGUGAAAAGGGUCCUGAUUAGAUGUUGUAUUUUGCAGCAUCUGACAAAGAGAAUAGAUGGACAUUCCUGGUCUUUACAGACUUGCUUGUGAUUAGAUAUUUCUUCAGUCCAAAGCUUGCCUGUUCAGCAUUUUGUGAUCCAGAGGGUGUUCAAGACGCAUCUUGCAGUAUGCCUGCAUUGAUUUAAAACCAGCAAGCAGAUGCAAGCCUACAUCAAGACAGAGUGGAUGCUGCUUCUUGUGGUUAAUCAUGAAGGUAUAGCUUUAUGUUUCUGAAAGCACUUGACUAGAUGGAUGUUUUUGUCUAAGCAGUAGAUAUUAUUGCAAAGGAAGAUUUGAAAAACACCUUGUCUGCUCUCUUGCUUGCUUUACCAAGUUCAGUGCUUAUCUGUUUACUUGUACCCCAGGGACACUGUACUGUUCUCCUCUGCCUGCACCAUCUACCACUGCUGCUUCUACUACUUUCAGUCAUCUUUUGAGUUCAGAUUUGAAGACUCGUUUAGCAGCAUUUGGAACUAAAAUCUCCAGCCAUUCAGUGUCCUAUAGCCCUGUUCUGAGAAGGUUUGAGUACUCUCUAAGAUUUGGAUUGUGAAUAAAAAUUUAUUGCAAGAGCAAUGCAAGUUUCCAUAGCUUGUACAGAACAUAACUUGAAGAAUCGAAAUGGUGAAGACAGGCUUAUCAGCAAACAGAACACCACUACCCCAAAUGUAGUGAAUGCAGCCCGGGCAAAAUUCCGGACGGUGGCUAUUAUUGCUCGCAGUUUGGGGACCUUUACCCCUCAGCACCAUAUCUCUUUAAAAGAAUCAACUGCAAAGCAGACUGGCAUGAAAUAUAGAAAUCUUGGGAAAUCUGGACUAAGAGUUUCAUGCCUGGGCCUUGGGACAUGGGUCACAUUUGGAGGGCAAAUUUCAGAUGACGUUGCUGAACAGCUAAUGACAAUCGCUUAUGAGAGUGGAGUAAAUCUGUUUGAUACAGCGGAGGUGUACGCAGCUGGAAAGGCUGAGGUGAUUCUGGGAAGCAUAAUCAAAAAGAAGGGCUGGAGGAGAUCCAGUCUGGUCAUAACAACAAAACUCUACUGGGGUGGAAAAGCUGAAACAGAAAGGGGACUUUCAAGAAAACACAUCAUUGAAGGAUUAAAGGCUUCUCUCCAGAGACUGCAGCUCGAGUAUGUGGAUGUUGUCUUUGCAAAUCGACCAGACAAUAAUACCCCUAUGGAAGAAAUUGUCCGAGCAAUGACACAUGUGAUAAACCAGGGGAUGGCAAUGUACUGGGGAACCUCACGCUGGAGUGCUAUGGAGAUCAUGGAAGCCUAUUCUGUAGCAAGACAGUUUAAUAUGAUUCCACCAGUAUGUGAACAGGCUGAAUAUCAUCUUUUCCAGCGAGAGAAAGUGGAGGUUCAACUGCCAGAAUUGUACCACAAAAUAGGGGUUGGAGCAAUGACAUGGUCUCCACUUGCCUGCGGGAUCAUCUCCGGGAAAUAUGGAAAUGGAGUUCCUGAGAGCUCCAGGGCUUCACUGAAGGUAUUUCUCCUGUGCUCAAGAGAAGUGGGUGUAUUGCCUUUGUGAAGGCUUGAAAGGAAAGAUAAACUGACUCAUAAUAAAUCUGCCCCUAUACCCAGCUCUGUUGAUGAAUCAGCUCAGUUUCUUUGGCAACCAUAGUCCAGCAGGAGUGAAAAUCUGUGUUAUAAGAAAUUCUCAGUUUCACUGCCACAGUUUAAUCCACUAUUGUGAUCCUGUUGAUUAGCUUUAUGUGGGUAUUCUGGGCCAGAUCCUUGCUGGUGUGAAUUGAUGUACUGAAGUCAGAGCUAGAUCAUUUUACAUCAACUAAGGAUUGAUUUGGCCUUUAUUUUUUUUCAUUCUGAUAACAGGGUUUUCCAGCCUCUGAGAGCGGAGCCUAAGAAAACCAUCUUGGAUAUAAAAUAUAGGAGAGCCCAAUUCUGGCAAUGCCUGCGCCUUACCCGGUCACUCUCCUGUUUGAAGGAAUUUGAUUAUGCAGGCUAUGAAAUUAGAAAUGUAAAAGACCCACCAGGUUUCAUAGUCCAUCCCCUCUGCUAGAGGAGGAAAGCAGCCUGUUAGGCUGUCUGGAGUGGCUCAUGACCUACCUCAGGGCAGACUGUCAGAAAACAGGCAGAUACCCCACACUGGUGGUGUGUUCCAUAAUUAGAUUUCACCAAGCCAGUGACAAAUGGGAAUUCCUGGAUCACAAUACCAGUCUUACCAUGGAGUCACAGGCAGUUCCCUUAGACUCUCCAGUUUAUCUUGCCGCCCAAACUGGACUUUGUGAUAAAAUGGUUACUUUCACCAAAAAUCACAUCACAUUUAGGUUGGUUCCAAUUCCAAGUGACUAGUCAUUUACUCCAGAUCAAUUGGUAACCUGCUUCUUACACCAAACUUGCCGCUGGUAGCCAAUUUUAUAGGAAACUAACUAAAGUUUUAUUAGCCAAGAAAAGGAAAUGAGAGUUAUUGAGAGGUUAAAAUAGG